AUAAAAUUGUAAUCCCACUUUAAAUAAAUAAAUUGAAUUGAUAAUGUGCUGUAAUGUAGUGGAAAAACUUUUAAAAAUGUGUCUCUAAAAGUGUAAUGUGUUGUUAAUCAAUCUAAUACUCCUACAUGUGGCAGUCAGAGUCAGCUAUGUGGGCAAAACAUCGUAUACUCGUCUGUUUACUAUUUUUCUUUUCGUCAACUCUGGCUUCAGACGAGCCUAAAGAGGUCGUGGUAGACUGUAGUACGUUAAGGUUAGGGCAGUACAUUUGCCCGGAUCCGAGCAUAGACCAAAUAGAUCCGGAUACGCAGCAGUUUAGAGGCUGUUCUCCUGGAAAAGAUGUACCUUCAGAGGGGGAGGCAGAAGUAUUAUGCAGAGCGGCUGACGGAAUAAAAUGUGAAGGAACCUCAAAUUCCACCUUCAAAAGAAAAAUGCCAUGCAAAUGGACAAACGGAUACUCGUUAGAGAUAGCGCUGCUGCUGUCCGUGUUCCUGGGGAUGUUCGGAUUGGACCGGUUCUAUCUCGGGUAUCCGGGCAUCGGUCUGGCAAAGUUGUGCACGUUGGGAUUCAUGUUCUUGGGACAGCUGUUGGAUAUUAUUUUGAUAGCUGCACAGGUUGUAGGUCCAUCAGACGGCUCAGCCUACGUCAUCCCGUACUAUGGGGCCGGGGUCACAGUGAUCCGCAGCAACAACGAGACCUACCUCCUACCGCAGACCGACUGGCACAACAUCACUUGACAGUGGGGCACGAUCUCCUUCGUCGUGGAUGAGGACUAUGAGUGGACUUGAUUGUGGGAGUUCUAUUAUGUU